AUGUGGGACAAGAGCAUUUCGGGCAGGUCAACGGACGCAUCUACCCCAACCCUCGGUGCUCAGUACCCCGAGGUCGGGACAAUCCUUGGCCCCAAGUCCAUUCUCCACACUGUCCAGUUCCUCAGCUUCCCCAGACUUCGGGCUAGAUGCGCUCUGUUCACCUCUCCUAAUCUCCUGCUCUCCCGAGAGGACGAGGGCUCUGUUGAAUUUCCCACUUAUCACCGCUCGCCGCUGCUCAACAGCUCCAUUGCGGAGAACCUGGCAGUCCCUUGA